AUGAAGUACCUCAAGCUCCUUGCAGCACUGGUAGCGCCUGUCCUGGCCGCUACUAGCUGGGAUAAUGUGCAUAUCGGAGGUGGUGGUGGUUUUGUGUCUGGCAUCGUCUUCCACCCAACAGAAGCCGGGCUAGCAUAUGCUAGAACAGAUAUUGGUGGCAUCUACAAGCUCAACAGUGACGACUCGUGGACCCCGAUUACGGAUGGGAUUGCUUCUAGCAGUAAUUGGCACAACUGGGGCAUUGAUGCAAUUGCUCUCGAUCCUCAAAAUGCCAACAUCAUCUACGCUGCCGUAGGCAUGUACACCAAUAGCUGGGACCCUAACAACGGAUCCAUCAUGAAAAGCACCGACAAAGGCGCCACGUGGACUUUCACGAGCUUGUCAUUCAAAGUUGGUGGCAACAUGCCUGGACGAGGUACUGGUGAACGUCUGGCAGUGGACCCCAAGAACUCCAACAUUGUUUAUUUUGGAGCCAGAAGUGGAAACGGUCUUUGGAAGAGCACAAACGGAGGCCAGAGUUUCUCAAAGGUCACCUCGUUCACAGGAGUUGGAACCUUCAAGCCUGAUCCCAGCGACACUAACGGCUACAACAGCGACAUCCAGGGCCUUACCUUUAUCACAUUUGAUUCGACUUCGGGCACGACUGGGGGCGCAACCUCUCGUAUCUUUGUUGGAACCGCCGACAACAUCACCGCCUCCGUCUAUGUUUCUGAAAAUGCCGGGUCUACUUGGACUGCUGUAGCCAAUCAGCCGGCCAAGUUCUUCCCACACAAGUGCCGUCUUCAACCCGACGAGAAGGCUCUGUACCUGACAUACUCAGACGGCACGGGUCCUUAUGAUGGCACCCAGGGCGCUGUCUAUCGCUAUGAUCUUGCCACUAGUGUCUGGAAAAACAUCACUCCUGUGUCCGGAAGUUCACUUUACUUUGGAUUUGGAGGUAUUGGUGUCGACAUGAAAAAGCCCGGGACUCUCGUUGUUGCAAGUCUAAACUCGUGGUGGCCUGAUGCUCAGCUAUUCCGGUCCACCGACUCCGGCGCUACAUGGAACCCGAUAUGGGAGUUUGGAUCAAGCGGGACGCCAGAACGCAAGCAUACGAUGGAUGUGAGCCUUGCUCCCUGGAUCAAGACCGAAUUCCUCGACAACGACUCGAAGUGGCUGGGCUGGAUGAUUGAAAGUCUGGAGAUUGAUCCCCAUGAUAGUGAUCACUGGCUGUAUGGUACAGGGUUGACUAUCUACGGUGGCCAUGACCUGACCAACUGGGGCACUUCCGCAAAAGUCACCACGAAGUCUCUCGCCGAUGGAAUCGAGGAGUACUCGGUUCAGGAAGUCAAGUCUGCUCCAGGGGGCACUGAGCUCCUAGCUGCUGUCGGAGAUGAAUGCGGUUUCACAUUCGCAUCUCAGUCUGACUUGGGAACUUCGCCCAACAAAGCCUGGGAUACGCCACUUUGGACCACUUCAAGCAGCGUCGACUAUGCUGGCAACAAGGUCAGCAACGUCGUCCGUGUCGGUAAUGCGGCGGGGUCUUAUAAUGUCGCCAUGUCAAGCAACGGCGGUUCUUCUUGGUACAUCAACUAUGCCACCGACACUGCCAAGUACGGCGGCCAGGUUGCCUACUCUGCCGACGCUGACACGAUCCUGUGGUCGAGUUCAACUUCUGGAGUUGUUCGGUCCGCUAACAGCGCAACGUUCUCCGCCGUCUCCAGCCUACCAUCGAACGCUGUUAUUGCGUCCGACAAACGCGACAACAAGUACUUCUACGCUGGAUCCAGUGCCACUUUCUAUGUCUCCUCCAACACUGCCUCAAGCUUCUCCUCAGGUGGUUCACUGAGUGGAGCCGGCUCUAUUCGCGAUAUCGAGGCUCAUCCUACGACGGCAGGCGAGCUAUAUGUUUCCACCGACGUCGGCAUUUUCCACAGCACCAACUAUGGGUCCAGUUUUACGAAGGUCUCUACAACUCUGACAGACACGCACCGAAUCUCGCUCGGAAAGGGCUCAACCUCGUCCUGGAAUCUUUAUGCGUUUGGUAAUGGUGCCAAGGGCGAGAGGCUGUAUGGCAGUGCCGAUGGCGGCUCUUCCUGGACUGAUGUUCAGGGCGACAGCCAAACCUUUGGUGCCAUUGACAGUGGCCGCGUAGCAGGUAGUGGAAACGUCGCCGACUAUGUAUAUGUUGGUACGAAUGGGCGUGGUGUUCUGUACGGCAAGGACUUCGACGACUUUGAUUACAAGUACGACUACUACUUCAAGAGCUACCCAGUCCUCUUCCACAACGACAACGACAAGGUCGUCAACAACAUCAAGCGCAGCUCCUGCGACCACCUCGACAGCUGCCCACUACCAGCAAUGUGGCGGUUCGAGCUGGACCGGCCCCACGGUUUGCGAGAGCCCUUACACUUGUAUUAA